AGAGCCAUUGGGGCGUGCGGGGUUCAGGCUGUGCAUGGGGGAGCCUUAGCUGAGAGAAUACGCGAGUUUUGAUAGUCAGAGCAUUUGGUCUGAAUUAGCAGAGCAGGGUGAGCAGUCUGAUAAGGUCAUUAAUACUUUGGUGUUGGGCAAGGUAAAUAUGGAAUCACCAAAACAUCUUGGUGAUGAGCUCAAGAAGACUUGGCAGGUGAUUUUUGGUGAGAGGUUUUACCACAGGCUGUGCCUUCUGUGUGCAGAAACUGCGCUGGCUGAAGCUGUGGUCCAGAGCUGCCCUCCAAGGAAAGUAGCAAGGAACGGUGAUACUUCACCAGCUGGUGUAGAUGGGAAGAACUAUGUCAUGGGGACAGUUUGGGUGAGGGAUGACAGACCUCUGUGUGCUGGAAAGAGAACUGGCAGAAUCCGAUUACAGCCCAGUUGUGUCCUGUCCUGAUUCAGUCACAGGCCUAAGUGGCACUAGGUCAGUGCUAUGGUUUUGGUCAGACUAGGGUCUAGCAGGAUGGUAAGAUGUUCUUAGAUCUUUAGUGCAAGAGAAAAUAACUGUGGUGUUUUAACCAUGCUGAGGGACAGCCAUGGUGUAACUGGGUUUUGUGACAUCGCUGCUUUUAUAAGGAAGACAGGACCUUAGAGGAAGAUGUAUCAAGAAUCUCAAGGAGUUAAAGCCUGGGGUGAACUGCAGCACGCAGUAGGUCCUCGACAGCUGUGGAUUAUUGCUGUGCCCGGCAGUUCCACACUGUUUUAGCAAGCACGUAACUCAGGGAUCUCAACAGGAGCUGUCGCUGCCUUGCUUCAGAGGAGAAAGUACAGCAGGUAACUCUGGAACUGGGAGAAGCUGCAGGGAUAACAUGGACGAAACUGGCAAAGGAGGAUGUGGCCAGGAAUAGCUCAAGAGGAGAAGGUAUUUUGUCUUCAGGACCUGGAUAAGAGCAUGGAAAUAGAAACUGGGCUCAGAAUUAGAUGAGAGGAAAGAGGGAGGAAGGAGCAGGAGCUGAGAGAGCCUUGAAAGUACCAGCAGCAUGAUGGUGGGUGCAAACAAAUGGGAGGGAGACUGCAGCAGGUGAGGAAGUUCUCAUUAAGGAGAGCUUAAUGAGACAAUAAAAGCCUCUGUGAAAGCUAGCAGUCCCCAUGCCUUCCCCCUGGUGAAACUUUCCUGGGCUGGUUGGAGAUAACCCCGCGCUGAAGCUGAUGUGGCAGAUCUGUGAGUCAUUGCAGAGUGAUCCGGAACCGAGAGCGUGGUUAGAAAGAGGAAAACAAACUGAACCCAAAAAAAAGCCAACCUGGCUAAGCAGUGAUGGAUGGAGCUCAGGAGAUUGGAUGACAGCAGCAUUUGUCUUCUCUCAGGUGAUGGAUGCAGGCUGUCGUCCCACCGAGUGUUGGAUGAGCAGUGCCUUUCACCUUGGCUGGACUAGGCACGCUUGGUGAGCCAUCCCGGCAGCUGUGGCUUCUCUUCCCCUUUCACGAAAAGCUUCCUUCUCUACAAACACUGGCCCGAUGGCAAAGGCGGGGAUGGAGAGGACCUACGGCUGUGGUGUUGGUGCCCAGAGCAGCAGAGAUGGAGGAGAAAUAUUAGUAUCAAAGAAUGCCAACAACUGCUUCAGCAAGUGGAUACAUUGUGCAAGAGGUCAUUAUUUACAGCUGCCAGCUUUAUUGAACUCUUCCUUACAUUUCAUCCCUAUUUUCUUUUAGAAGCGGAAAAACAACUUAGGUUUGAUGUUUUGUGUGCCAUCAACUGAAUUUGGGGCCAUCAUGAAUAUAACCAAGGGUGGACUGGUGCUGUUUUCAGCUAAUUCCAAUUCGUCAUGCAUGGAACUAUCGAAGAGGAUUGCUGAGCGCUUAGGAGUUGAGAUGGGGAAGGUUCAGGUUUAUCAAGAGCCAAACAGAGAAACAAGAGUGCAGAUUCAGGAGUCUGUGAGAGGAAAGGAUGUAUUUAUCAUCCAAACAGUUUCAAAGGACGUGAAUACUACGAUCAUGGAACUCCUGAUCAUGGUGUACGCUUGUAAAACCUCCUGUGCCAAAAGCAUUAUUGGAGUGAUUCCUUACUUCCCAUACAGCAAACAGUGCAAGAUGAGGAAAAGAGGCUCCAUUGUCUCUAAAUUACUGGCUUCAAUGAUGUGCAAAGCUGGACUAACUCAUCUUAUUACCAUGGAUUUACAUCAGAAGGAAAUACAGGGAUUCUUCAAUAUUCCAGUUGAUAACUUGAGAGCAUCUCCAUUUUUACUACAGUACAUCCAAGAAGAGAUACCAGACUACAGGAAUGCUGUAAUUGUGGCCAAAUCACCUGCGUCUGCAAAGAGAGCACAGUCAUUUGCUGAGCGCUUACGGUUGGGAAUUGCUGUGAUUCAUGGAGAAGCUCAAGAUGCUGAGUCUGACAUGGUGGAUGGUCGACACUCACCACCUACAGCCAAAAAUGUAGCUGCUAUUCAUCCCAGUUUGGAGAUACCCAUGCUGAUUCCCAAGGAAAAACCACCCAUCACAGUUGUUGGAGAUGUAGGAGGAAGAAUAGCUAUCAUCGUGGAUGACAUCAUAGAUGAUGUUGACAGCUUUCUUGCUGCAGCUGAGACCCUCAAGGAGAGGGGGGCUUACAAGAUCUUUGUGAUGGCCACACACGGCCUGUUGUCGUCAGAUGCUCCCAGGCUGAUAGAGGAAUCUGCCAUCGAUGAAGUGGUUGUUACAAACACAAUUCCACACGAAAUACAGAAACUCCAGUGCCCUAAAAUCAAGACCGUGGAUAUCAGCAUGAUCCUCUCGGAAGCCAUUCGCAGGAUCCAUAACGGGGAGUCCAUGUCGUACCUUUUCAGAAAUAUAGGACUGGAUGAUUAAUGCUUUUUAUUCUAAAGAAGCACCCGGGCCAAACUGGAAGCAAACAGAUAACGAGCUGUGAAGCAUCGUGCUUACCUUAAUAUUUCUAUUGAGCCACUUUUUGUUUUCUCUUGGUUUAAGGUUUAACAGUUUUUAAGAGCUGGUUUUUUUUUUCUUUGCCGGGGGUUUUUUUUUGGGGGUGGGGUGGGUGGGUGGGGAAUAAACAUUUUACAAAAAACUGUUCUAGUUGCUUUUAGGUUAGUUGCACUAUAUACGUGAUGGAAAAAAACCCCACAAAACACUUGAGGCAAGAAUUUGGCUUCUAAAUUGAGCGUUCCUUUUCCAAAGCUGCUUGCUACAAGUGCUUUAAAAGAUAAUAAAAUAAAGUUGACUGUAUAAUAUUUGCAUUUUAAAAGCCAAAAAGGUUGUACUGUUGUACGCAGUUAAGUGAUUUUGUAGGAGUGCUUUUAUAGAAAAGCAUAUGAAAUAUGCACCUGUAUUUAUUUUCUGCGACGAAAAAUAAAGACUUUGUUUUGUGUGAGCUUUCUAAAAAUGUUCACGUACCA